AUGAAUAACGAAUACGACUAUUUAUUUAAAUUAUUAUUGAUUGGUGAUUCAGGUGUUGGUAAAUCCUGUUUGUUAUUGAGAUUUGCUGACGACACAUAUACGCCAGAUUAUAUUUCCACCAUUGGUGUUGAUUUUAAAAUCAGAACCAUCGAGUUGGACGGUAAGACAAUCAAAUUACAAAUCUGGGAUACUGCUGGUCAAGAAAGAUUCAGAACUAUCACUUCUUCCUAUUAUAGAGGAGCUCAUGGUAUCAUUAUCGUGUAUGAUGUGACUGACCAGGAAUCAUUUAAUAAUGUCAAGCAAUGGUUACAAGAGAUUGACCGUUAUGCCACAGGUGGUGUCAUGAAAUUAUUAGUUGGUAAUAAGGCUGAUUUGUCUGAUAAAAAAAUUGUUGAAUACACUGCUGCUAAAGAAUUUGCUGAUGCCUUGGACAUUCCAUUUUUAGAGACCUCAGCCUUAUCAUCGACCAAUGUUGAACAAGCUUUUUACACUAUGGCAAGACAAAUCAAAGCACAAAUGACCAACAAUGCCAAUGCAGGAAAUGUCUCCAAUGCAAAGGGGAAAUCUAAUGUGAAUUUGAGAGGCGAAUCUUUGGCUUCUAACCAAUCGAAUUCUUGUUGUUAA